AUGACAACCCAAAAUGCGGCUCAUAAGCCGGGGAUAUUACCCAAAACUACACCGAGAACGCCCGCUACUACCAAAACACCUCAAAGGAGAAACAGCGACUUGAGCUACGGAACAGGUAAAAUCACAACGCCCAGACCAGCAAGAUUGUACACCGCACUCUCGUCACGGCCGCAAACACCCAUAAGCGGGAAGGGUAGGUCGGAAGAUGGAGACCGAACGGAAACCACACCAAAAGGAACAACGAGGAAGUUACUCACACGGGUGAGUGACGCGCUCGGAUUCUCACCGCCCAGGAAGAACAGAACACAACCCCCGGACACGGCAGCGAACACCUCGGAGGAGGCACUCGACCAUACAAUAAAACACCGAGCAUACAACAUCCCGACGUUCACCUCCGAUGAAUACCGUACCGCGACACACGACCACACGCGAGAACACGGACACAUAUUCGACGGCGCCUCCGACACCAACUUUAGCGACGAAUACGGACAAGACAUGGAAAUCGAUCUAUACAGCGGCGACCCCGAAGGAAUCAUCAAUGCAUAUACGGUAUGCAUGAACGACGCAAAGGUGGCCCUCAACCGACUACGAGCCACCAUACCCGAAAUACUCGAAACCGAGGGAUUCCCACAAGAAGUCGUCGACGCUACGCGGAACAUCCACGAGAUGGUAACCGGUAGGGAAACGCGGGCGAUCCUUGCUGAACUGGAGACGCUCCGACUGGAGGCGUCAUCCAGCCGGAACACCGCAGAACGCAAGAUGAACAGCCUACAGGACAAACUCGCAAGCCGCGACCAGCUCAUUGACAAGAUGGGCACGCAACUCGAUAAUCUCAGCACAACAGUAACCGCAAUGGCAGCAAAACUAGACGCAAACUUCGAAUGGAUCCAAAAAGCGCAACAACUUGCAAAUACCCGGACAACACCAACUAACGCAGGAACCCAACCACAGUCGACCCUCGGCCCGACAUAUAGACCGACGAAGACAAUAACGACGACUCCGAAUCCCAAAGCGAACAACCCCCUGAUGCCCCACCACCCGACACGACUCAUCAUAAAGUUCAACGCGAAACCAACUGAAGAGGAGACACGAACGCGGCCCGACCAAAAACAGCUAGUGACACAGAUCAACGAGGCACUGCAAAGCGACGAGAACGCAAAACACUUACGAGUAGUAGCCCUGAAAUGGACGGCAAAUGGAAACUGUGUCCUGCAGACACGCGCCGACCAGACAGGAGAAGAACUGGCCAAGUUCUCUUCACUGUUUCAAGACAUACUCACAAAACCCGGACAGAUUAGCACCAUCCAACUCGACCGGAAAUGGACGAAGAUACAGGUCGACCUCGUACGAACGGGAGCUUUCGAUAUGAACCCAACUAUCUAUGGCCAAGACACACUCAUGCAAGAAGCGCUGAUAAACAACCCGAUCCUUAGCAGACUCAAGAUCACAAAUCAAAUGCGAUGGCUCCGACGCCCAGAAGAUCUCACCUCAGUUACCACCGCCAUCACCCGGUUGCACCCCCGCGGGGGUCCUCCUGGGUACCCUCAGACGUAG